AUGAAUAUCAGUGGUGUAGUUUGGAACGAAGAUGAUAAAGCGAUUGUUGCUUCAUUACUUGGGAAACGAGCUCUCGAUUACUUGCUUUCGAAUUCUGUACCAAAUGCUAAUCUCUUGAUGACUGUCGGAAGCGACGAUAAUCUACAGAACAAGCUCUCGGAUCUCGUCGAGAGACCCAACGCUUCGAAUUUCUCUUGGAACUACGCCAUUUUCUGGCAGAUUUCGAGGUCAAAGUCUGGAGAUUUGGUUCUGUGUUGGGGUGAUGGAUCUUGUAGAGAGCCUAAAGAAGGAGAGAAAUCAGAGAUCGUUAGGAUUCUAAGUAUGGGAAGAGAGGAAGAGACGCAUCAGACUAUGAGAAAGAGUGUGUUGCAAAAGCUUCAUGCGUUGUUUGGUGGUUUAGAGGAAGAUAACUGUGCUUUAGGACUAGAUAGAGUUACAGACACUGAGAUGUUUCUUCUUGCUUCUAUGUAUUUCUCGUUUCCUAGAGGCGAAGGUGGUCCAGGGAAGUGUUUCGAUUCGGGGAAACCGGUUUGGUUAUCCGAUUUGGUGAAUUCGGGUUCUGAUUAUUGCGUUAGAUCGUUUCUUGCGAAAUCUGCUGGAAUUCAGACCGUUGUUUUGGUUCCUACUGAUAUUGGUGUUGUUGAGUUCGGCUCUACUAGAUGUUUGCCUGAAAGCGAGGAGUCGAUGCGGUCUAUUAGAUCGUUGUUUUCGAGUCCCGUUAGAGUUUUGGCGACGACGACGGCUCCUUUACCCGUUGUUGUUGUAGCUGAAAACAAUGAUGAUAACAGAACGGUUAAUGCUUCGAAGAUAUUUGGGAAAGAACUGCAUAGUUCGAGUUUUCUUCAUCAUCAUCAUCAAACGCAGUAUCAACAGCCACCACAACAGCAGCAGCAACAUAGACAGUUCAGGGAGAAACUUACGGUUAGAAAAAUGGAUGAUAGAGCGCCGAAGAGAGUAGAUGUUUAUCCGAGUAAUGGGAACAGAUAUAUGUUUCCGAACCCGAGCACCAACAACAACAACACUCUUCUGAGUCCUACAUGGGUCCAACCCGAGACCUACACGAGGACGACUAACAAUGUGAAGGAAGUUCCGAGCACGGAAGAUUUCAAGUUUCUACCGUUGCAGCAGUCAUCAUCGCAGAGGCUGCUUCCUCCGGCUCAAAUGCAGAUUGAUUUCUCUGGUGCGAGUUCGAGGGCAUCCGAGAAUAAUUCAGAUGGAGAAGGAGCAGAAUGGGCAGACGUGGUGGGUGGUGAAGAAUCUGGUAACAACAGACCAAGAAAACGCGGAAGGAGACCGGCGAAUGGAAGAGCGGAAGCUUUGAACCAUGUUGAAGCAGAGAGACAACGGCGUGAGAAGCUUAACCAGAGGUUUUAUGCACUGAGAUCCGUUGUUCCCAACAUUUCCAAAAUGGACAAAGCGUCCUUGUUGGGAGACGCGGUUUCUUACAUUAACGAGCUACACGCCAAGCUCAAGGUCAUGGAAGCAGAGAGAGAGAGGUUAGGAUAUAGCGCAAAUCCACCGAUCAGCUUAGAACCAGAUAUAAACGUUCAAACCUCAGGUGAAGAUGUUACAGUGAGAGUAAACUGUCCGUUGGAUUCUCAUCCAGCUUCUAGAAUCUUCCACGCGUUUGAAGAGGCUAAAGUAGAAGUGAUUAACUCGAACCUGGAAGUUUCGCAGGACACGGUGUUGCAUACGUUUGUGAUAAAAUCUGAAGAGUUAACUAAAGAAAAGUUGAUCUCUGCGUUCUCUAGAGAGCAAUCCAGUUCUGUUCAGUCAAGAACAUCAUCAGGUAGAUAG